AUGACCGACUUCAAUUCCAUCUACCAGCAGAACCUUUAUCUGUCCCCUGAGCAGCAGAAUCUGCUAAUGGCUGCUCUCAACUCCAACAACGCUUCUCAGAAGCAAGUUGAGAACGAGGGCACAAAAAACCGCUCACGAACUCAAUCUUCUUCCAACGAGACCACUCCAUCUAAUAGCAAUGGCUUUGAUCCAGCAUCGUCUACUUACUUCGAGUCACCCCUUCUGCAAGACGCACCCGGCUCCGGCCAUUUGGGCUUCGGCAGUGACGAAAGCCCAUUCCUCGAUUUUGAUCCCGAUGUUGAUUUUGAUUUUCAAGGUGCCGAUCAACUUAUUGGCGACCUUCCUGACUUUGACGGUCGUGAGUCCGGCGAUAAGAGAAAGUCAUUGGGCGGGAAUGAAGAGGAUGCCAGCAAUGGAAAGAAGAGACGCGAAAGUGAUGAUAAAGACAAGGCCGCUAAGAAACCCGGCCGGAAGCCACUCACAUCUGAGCCUACUACUAAACGGAAAGCUCAGAAUCGUGCUGCCCAGCGUGCAUUCCGUGAGCGCAAAGAGAAACAUCUCAAGGACCUCGAAACCAAGGUCGAGGAACUAGAGAAAGCUUCACAGAAUGCCAACCAGGAGAACGGUCUCCUUCGAGCUCAAGUUGAGCGGUUGCAGGUAGAGCUUAAAGAAUAUCGCAAACGAAUUUCCUGGCUCAGUGGAGGAAACGGCUUGUCAACUAUGGCCGCCAUGAGUAGUAUGAACUCACGCAAUCUUUCGAAUCUUAACAACAAUGACUUUUACUUCGACUUCCCUAAAUUCGGUGACUUGCCCGGAAAACAUAUGUUCAGCAACAAUGGACAGAACAAGCAAAAUUCCAACUCUCCCUCAUCGACAGGGGUGUCACCAACGGCUCAAGCGUCCGAUUAUGGCCGCAACUCAUUGAACAGCAAGAAUCUAUCCAAAGCCGCAAAAGUCAACGGCUUGACUAAUGGGCAAUCCGCUUAUGCCACUCAGCUAAGUGCUAGUUCGGCAGCAUCAAACACUGAUUCUCCAAGUGCCUCCUCAGAUUCUCAGCAUGGCCAGUCUUCUUCGAUUGGUACCUCGCCGGAGCCGAGCUUGAACUCGCCUAAUGUUGGAAAGCCGGGUGAUAGUUCGUUUGACUUUUAUGGCAACGAAGCGACUACAAGAUAUGGCGGCAUUGAUGGUGAGAAAUCCUUCUGUGAGAAGCUGGGCAUGGCCUGUGGCAAUAUCAACAAUCCGAUGCCGGCGGUCUUGAAUAAGAAUAAUGACAAUACACAAUUACUAGGCCAAUUGCAACCCGCUGCAGCAGAUCAAUCUCUCUCAUUCGACUGGUUGGCUCAACAGAAUGGUGGUUCAUUCGACCCCGUGCUAUUCAAUGACUACCGCGAGCCACAGGACGCCGUUUUGUCACAGGACUUUGGAGCGUUCUUCAACGACGCUUUCCCGUUGCCUGAUUUGGGUAGCCCGUUUGCCGACCCUAGCGAGGUCACUGAUCCUAAGGACCCUGGCGUAGCCAAAAAGGAUAAUGCACCAUCUGGCCAGAAGCCAGAUGACGAGGACGAGGUGGUUCCCGGAGAGGACAAGACUCAGAUUAUGUCAUGCACCAAUAUAUGGGACCGUCUACAAUCUAUGGAGAAGUUCCGCAACGGCGAAAUCGACAUCGACUCACUUUGUACGGAGCUACGUACCAAGGCACGCUGUUCCGAGGGUGGCGUUGUCGUUUAUAGGAAGGAUGUAGAUGACAUUGUCGGGCGUGCAGGAAACGAAAUGCAGUCUCACUAG